GUGAGAUGAAAUAUGAAAAGUGAACUAAAAGAUCAAGUCAUGAAGACGAACUAAAUAAUUAUUUUAUACGUGUGAUGUGAAUUUAGUUUUUGAUAUUCUAUUUAGUAGUGACAUUUUUAAGGAACAUAAUCAUUACCGAGUUUUUAUAAAAAUAUAUAAAUAAUGGAUCAUAAAGAGAGGAUGACCCGACAGAGAAAUGUCGACUUUGAUGAUAUUCUGGAAGAACUCGGCGAAUUAGGACAUUACCAAAUAUUUAUUUACAUUUUAAUAUGUUUGCCAGUAUUAUUUGGAGCUGCCAAUAGUUUAAGUUACGUGUUUACUGCCGGUGUACCACAAUAUAGGUGCCUUGUUCCAGAAUGUGAAACUUCUGAAUACCCAAUAUAUGAUGCUGAUUUUACAAAAUGGGCUAUACCAGAUAAAUCUUCAGUCAAUCAGGUCAUCGGUGUAAAAACUGAUCUUUGCUCGAGAUAUAGAACAAAAACAGAGAAUCACAAUUGUACUCCAGAUGCCUUCACCACUAUAGUUGAGAGUUGUACUCAAUUUGUUUUUGAACCUACUGAAAGAACAAUUGUCAAAGAUUGGUUGUUAACAUGCUUAGACAAUCAAUGGAAAAUAUCUUUGGUUGGGUCAUCGCAUUUUGCGGGAAUAAUAGUAGGAUCGUUUAUGUUUGGAGUACUAGCUGACAGCUUUGGUAGAAAAUUAAUAUUCAUUGUUUGUAUUUUCGUUAUGACUACAUCAGGUAUCCUGCAAGUGGUAUCACCAAAUUAUUGGGUUUUUGUGCUGUUCGUUUUUUUGAAUUCAGUUGGUACGGCUGGGGUAUAUCCAUUGGCCUUUAUUAUAGGUGUUGAGAUGGUAGGUAAAAGAAAAAGAGAAUUUACUGGAUUCGUUUUGAACUACUUUUAUGCAUUAGGCGAAGCAGUUGUUGCACCAAUUUCCUACUGGGUACCGGAUUGGACACAUUUACAACUCAUAGUUUCAGCACCAGCAGCUAUUUUUAUGCUAUAUUAUUGGAUUGUACCAGAAUCAGUAAGAUGGCUUUUGGCUAAAGGCAGAAGGACGGAGGCUAAAAAAAUUGUAAUCAACGUAGCAAAAUAUAACAAAGUUACACUUUCUGACAACGUAAUGGACUCGUUUAAAGAAAAUUCGACGUUGCAAAUUAGCGAUGAAGACAAUUCCGACAGAAUGUACCCAGUGAUUAAAGAUAUGUUCCUAUCGAGAAAACUCGUCUUGAGAUUCGUAAUUGUAUAUUUCAUAUGGGCUGUAAACUCCUUUAUAUUCUACGGACUAUCUAUAAACUCCACAGCUCUCAGCGGAAACAAGUACAUAAAUUUCGCCUUGGUGAGCCUAGUAGAAAUCCCAGGCUACACCUUAGCAUGGAUCUGCAUCAAGAAAUUAGGCAGAAGGAUUUCUUUGAUUGGAUCGCUUUUGCUCUGUGGGAUAACAUGUACUUUAACGAUUUUUGUUCAAAAUAGUAACCUAAAUUGGGUUGUUAUUAUUUUGUUUUUAACUGGUAAAUUGGGAGUUACUGCAUCCUUUGCUAUUUCAUAUGUAUAUACGGCUGAAAUGCUGCCUACUAUAGUACGAAGUGGAGGAGUUGGUUCUGCCUCUACAAUAGGAAGAUUUGGAGCUUUAUUAGCACCAUUUGUGCCUUUGCUGGGUCUCUAUUGGGAUCCGUUACCAAUGCUCUUCUUUGGAUUUUUUGGAGUGACUGCAGGACUUUUGGCAAUCAAGUUACCAGAAACGCACGGUCUCAAGCUCCCAGAAACAGCUGAAGAAGCUAAACUAUUGUGAUAAUUUGUGAUCUUUACCACACUUGUUGAUAUUAUUUUUUGUUAGAAAUUGUUAGUUGAUAAGUUUUUGUAACACAUUUUUUUGUAAUUAAAAUUAAAAAUAUAUUUAUUAAAUUAUUAUUAUUAAUAAUAAUAAUAAUAAUAACAACAACUGUAAAGUGGAUUUUGGAUGUUACAGAUAAUUAAAUAAAGCACUGUAUUAAGUUGAUUAUAUUUGGAUAAUUAGUAAUUGUAACAAAUAAAAUAAAGUAAAUUGAACAAGAGUCAAAACGAUCUGUAUUGAUUGCGGCAAACUUCACUCUCUCUGUCAUUCGUUAGGCGUCGCACUCACGGGAG